AUGAACAGAAACGCAGAGUUAGACCCAAAGACUACAGCCUCAGAACCAAUCUCCAAGACAAACAGUGCAAGGGAGCAAAAGCCAGAGGUUGCUUCUGAACUGAGCAACCCAACUCUCCCCAGCUGGGAUGCUGGGCUCAUUGAAAGAGGUUUUAAAACGAUGCUAAGCUUUCGGAAAUCAAAACGCAGUCCGACCAAAGAGAAAGGAAAGGAAGACACAGGCACUUGGAAAGGAAAACGGAUUUCUUUGCGACUCUCCAAGAACUCUGAGAGCAAAACCACAAUCUGUAAUGGCGUGGAAGAGGUUGGUGAGAAGAUAGAAGCAGAGCCUGUUCAAGGAAAAGCCCUUUCAGUAAUGGAAAUCAAUGAACUUAUUCAGAAAAAGCAACUUUUAGAAGCAUUUGCCAGCAUCAAGUACUUGGAAGAUGAGGCUAUCGCUGAGCGAGAUGCUGAGAAAUAUGUGGAUAACCCACAGGAGUUUGUACGGAAAUCCAAGGAUGUGGAUUUGCUUUAUAACUCCAUCACCAACGCAAUACAGUCCAUCGUGGUGGCAACACUGGAGCAGCCCACUGUAGAGGAUACCAUGCUGACCUCCCUGGUGACUCUAAUUGCCCGUGAAGAAGCAGCUCAUCCUAACACAGCCAGUGCUGCUGGUCCUGGAUCAGACUUGCUUGGCACACCCAGGAAAUGGAGGGAGGAGUGGAGGAAAGCUAUCAAUGAGAGCGCUAGAAUAAGAGUCCUGAGGGUACCCAUGGUGUCAAAGGAAGAAGACAGCUCUUGGCUUGAUCUCCACUUAGGUUUCCUCCAGAAACACCUGAGUGAGGACUUAGUCAAAAUCAAGUUCUCGGUAAAAAAAUGCUAUCCAGAGGAGUACCAAGUGUGUGACACAUAUGUGGAGGCUUUUCACAAGGCCAUUGCCUCACAUUUGCAAGCUCUGUCCCACAGACUGCUGGAAUUUAAUGAGCUACGCACCAUGCUGGAUUGGGUGGCCAACACCUACCUCAGUGAACUCUUUCUGGGUCACCCUGAUCUCAAACCAGAAGUGAAGACAGAAAACCUGUCCCUGCUGUUAACACCAGAUGAUUGGGUUAAACUGAAAAACAACUACAUUGCUUCUGCAAAGGGGAACAUCAAAGGCUAUUUUGAAAACAUCCUGAGACUGGAGGAAACAGAGAAGUGGGAGAAGGAAGAUCAUCCAGAAGUGAAGGAAAAUCUCUACUACUCCUCACUCUCCUUUGAUAUUCAAACGAUCAUCGGAGAGUAUGUGAAGACAUCUGGAGCAAUCAGCAGAAGCUUGGAAAUGAAAAUGCUUGAGCUGUGCCUGGCAGAACUGCAAGAAUUCAUACCAAGGUUUGGGGAGAAGUUUUCAGCAUGGAGCACUGACCAAGACAGCCCCAUCUUUGCACCCUAUUUCACUGCCUACAUCAACAGCUUCCAUGAUCUGGUGUCAGGGUUAGAAACAGUGUUUAAAGUCAACACCAAGGAACUGCAGAAGAUUUUGGCAGCUCUGACAAGGAAAUUCACGAAUAUCUUUUUUAAUAAAUUAAGAACAAAGGCACAGCCACUCUUUAAGAAAAUCCUGACCAAGGACUGGAUUUUGGCAACAGAAAGGCCAGUCUCGCUGGCAUCAGCAGUCUCACAGUUCUCCGAGCACCUUCAGCACAUGAGGCAGCCCAAGAGGCAGGAGCUUCUACGUGACAUUCACAAGUAUGUGGUGAGGGAGUACAUUGCACAGGUCAUCAGACCCAGGCGGAAAAUGGACAGGGAGACACGGCAGAUGGUGAGCGAAAAGAUGAGCCAGGAAGGCAGAAUCCUUAACCACAUGUUCAUUGAUCAGGGCUCUGACUCCGGCUGGCUCCUUCCUGCCAUACACCACAUUGCCAAUAUCAUCGGGGAGGAGAGAAAAGACAAGAUCAAGGAGCACAUCAAGGAAAUGUGUCAGGAUUAUCCAGAUAUCAGGAAGGACCACAUUCUUGCGGUCCUCGCGCUCCGGGGACUGAGGCACACCAAGAGAAUGGCAAUUUUUCGGCAAAGCUACCAUGCACUGGAGAGCCCUGAUGCUGGAGAGGACACUGCACUCUUUGCUGAAAUCGAUGCCCCCAUGAUCAUCAGCUGCCUCUAA